GUUUCCUUUCAGUUCCCUAGUCCGAAUCAUUUCUGCUCUUUGAAACAUUGAUUGUUUCUUGGUUCAACAAAGAUUUCGUUUCACUGAUUCAGAGAGAACCCCAUUAAAAGUUCAUCCAAGAAAAGAAAACAAUAAAAAGCAAAACAAAACAAAAAUGACAGUUCAAACAGUGCUUUUUCUUGUUUUCAUGACCAUGGUGUAUAAUGGUUUGGGUAUUGGAGUGAAUUGGGGAACCCAGGCAACAAACCAACUCCCAGCGGAAAAGGUGGUAAAAAUGCUGAUGGAUAAUGGGUUUGAUAAAUUGAAGCUGUUUGAUGCUGAUGAGAAGAUUCUGAGUGCUCUGAGAGGGACUGAUAUUGAAGUGAUGCUGGCAAUACCCAAUAAAAUGUUGCAGAAGAUGAGUGAGGAUCCUGGUGCUGCGGAUUCCUGGGUGGAUGCCAAUGUUACUAGUUAUACCUACAAUGGGGGAGUUAAUAUCAAGUAUGUUGCUGUAGGGAAUGAACCCUUCCUUACAGCGUACAAUGGCUCCUAUCUCCAAUGCACACUCCCAGCCCUCAAAAAUAUCCAACGAGCACUCAAUCAUGCUGGAUUCGGUAACAAGAUCAAAGUCACAGUCCCCUUCAACGCAGACAUCUACUUCUCCCCGAACUCAAACCCCGUGCCAUCUGCCGGCGACUUCCGGCCUGAACUCCGAGACCCCACCAUUGAAAUAAUCCAAUUCCUAUAUGUAAAUAAUGCACCUUUCACUGUCAACAGCUAUCCCUUCCUCAGUCUCUAUUAUGGGGACGAUUAUUUCCCCGUGGACUAUGCGUUCUUUGAUGGAGCAAACAAGCCUGUUAGGGAUGGUGAUUUACUUUACACCAACGUGUUUGAUGCAAAUCUGGACACACUAUUUUCGGCUAUGUCUAGAGCUGGUUACCCAGAUAUGCAGAUCAUAGUUGGUGAAGUAGGGUGGCCAACUGAUGGCGAAGAGAAUGCAAAUAUCCAGAAUGCAAAGAGAUUCAACCAGGGAUUGCUCCGACAUGCUAUAAGUGGAAACGGAACCCCUCUGAGGAAAGGUGUAAUUGACAUAUAUCUGUUCAGCCUCAUCGAUGAGAAUGCUAAAAGCGUUGCUCCUGGAAGCUUUGAAAGGCACUGGGGGAUAUUUGAGUAUGAUGGAAAACCCAAAUAUGAAUUGGAUCUGUCGGGUUUGCAACAGGAUAAGGGUCUAGUACCAGUGGAAGAUGUGAAAUACUUGCCCAAAAGGUGGUGUGUUCUGAACCCACAUGCAAGGGAUUUAGAGGAUCUGGCAGAUAACAUUGACUAUGCUUGUAGCAUUUCAGAUUGCACUGUUUUGGGGUACGGAUCUUCCUGUAAUCAUCUGAGCCUCAAAGGGAAUGCCUCUUAUGCAUUUAACAUGUAUUAUCAAGUUCAUGAUCAGCAGAGUUGGGACUGUGAUUUUUCUGGGUUGGCUGUGGUGACUGAUGAGGAUCCAUCUGAUGAGAACUGCCCAUUCCCGGUGAUGAUUGCUUAUGGUUCUUCAUUGCUGCGGCAUGGGGGAGUUUCAGACACAUUAGUAAAAAUCGUUGGGGGAUAUAUGUUGGUGGUUUUUCUGCUAUAUCUGAGUAUAGGGGACCUACAUGUCCAUUAGUAGCCAUUGUAGGGAGAUACACAUGACUGUUUUUGUUUCUGCCAUGGCCCAUAACUUCUCAGGUAUGGUAUCGAUGCAUAGGCAUUGUUUUUGUGCAGCUUAAGUAGCUCUGUUCUGCUAGAUUGUGUUAUAAAGUUGUAGGAUCUUUUGGUUUCCAGGUGGAAAUUCUUAGC